CUCUCUCUCUCUCUCUCUCUAGGGAAUGGCAUUGGCAUCAGGAUUGCGUUUCUCUCUCUUGGUUCUCCUGGUGUCUACUGGUGCAGCUGCUGAAGCACUUGGAUAUGGCAACGAGAGAAGAAAAACAAUGGGCCAUGAGGAACCCAAUCCACCAGAUUACACAACACUGGCCCACGAGGAACCCAAUCCACCAGAUUAUGCGAAAAUGGCCAAUGAACCCAGUCCACCAGAUUACAUGACACUGGCCCAUGAGGAACCCAAUCCACCAGAUUAUGCAAAAAUGGCCAAUGAUCCCAGUCCAGCAGAUUACACAACACUGGCCCAUGAGGAACCCAACUCCCCAGAUUACAAAACACUGGCCAGUGAACCCAUUCCACCAGAUUAUGCACUAAUGGCCCUUGAACCCAGUCCAGCAGAUUACACAAAACUGGCCCAUGAGGAACCCAGUCCAGCAGAUUACACAAAACUGGCCCAUGAGGAACAAAAUCCACCAGAUUACACAACACUGGCCCACGAGGAACCCAAUCCAGAUUAUGCGAAAAUGGCCAUUGAACCCAGUCCACCAGAUUACACGACACUGGCCCAUGAGGAACCCAAUCCCCCAGAUUACAAAACACUGGCCAGUGAACCCAUUCCACCAGAUUAUGCAAGAAUGGCCCUUGAACCCAGUCCAGCAGAUUACACAAAACUGGCCCAUGAGGAACCCAGUCCAGUAGAUUACACAAAACUGGCCCAUGAGGAACCCAAUCCACCAGAUUACACAACACUGGCCCACGAGGAACCCAAUCCACCAGAUUAUGCAAAAAUGGCCAAUGAACCCAGUCCAGCAGAUUACACGACACUGGCCCAUGAGGAACCCAAUCCCCCAGAUUACAAAACACUGGCCAGUGAACCCAUUCCACCAGAUUAUGUAAAAAUGGCCCAUGAACCCAGUCCAGAAGAUUGCACAAACCUGACCCAUAAACCCGGGCCAGUUUGUGCACAAAUGGCCCAUGAACCCACGCCAGUUUAUGCAAAAGAGGUCCAUGAACCCGCGCCACCACCUUAUACAAAAAUGGCCCAUGAACCCGUGCCACCACGUUAUGCACAAAUGGCCCAUGUAGUGCCACCAUUUUCCCGGAAAAGCACGCAAACUUACAGUGACGAUCCCGCCAUUACGCUCAGCCCACCACCACCACCAAAGGAGAGCGAGAAGCCCUAUGGGGACAUGUCAAAAGGUGGAAUUGACUCCAUUGGAGUCCAAGGGAUAGUCUAUUGUAGAUCGACCUCUGGCCUCACUCCUCUUUCAGGUGUGAUGGUGAGGGUCUCAUGCGUGGCCACGGACCCCACCAGGCUCGAGAGGGCUCCAUUCUCAGUGCGAAGCUGCAAAACUGAUAAGAAUGGCUACUUCUUGGCAACCAUGAAGCUCUCAGAAAUGAAAGGGCUCGGUUUUAAGGAAUGCAAGGCCUUCCUCAAGUCUUCUCCUCUAAACCACUGUGAUAACCCGUCAAAUGAGAACAUGGGAUUGACCGGUGCACUCUUUCGCAGUGCUCGCACCAUAGCAGGGAAGACGAAGAUGAAAUUGUUUACAGUGGGACCUUUCUUCUACACCUCAAAGCCAGGUUCUGAGAAGAAUAUGUAUUGAGACUCUUUUUUAGGAGAUUAACAGAGAAAGAAAAGGAUAAAAGGAAUUGUUAUGUUAAUCUAGUUUUUAUUGACUCAGGGAGAUUAACAGAGAAAGAAAAGGAUAACAGGAUUUGUUAUGUUAAUCUAAUUUUUAUUGAAUAUUUUCUUAGUGUUAUGCUUGAUAAAAUGACAACUCUUGCAUUGGCGA